UAUGUGAUCAAUGGCUUUCUUUGGACCACGAUGAUGGCUGCGUCGAUUGUGCCAUUCCUGUUUCUGAUAAGUUGGAUAAACACAAGUUCUCAUUUUUAUUUAACGAACAAACUAGACAAAACACAACAGACAAUCACUUAUGGUUAUCGGUUGCCAUUCGACCUGAAAACAGCAACUUUACAAGGUUAGAAAGAUUGGCUUGUUGUUUGACAUUGCUGUUUCUUACUAUGAUCUCAAAUGCAAUGUUUUAUGGACAAAACACAGGAAGUCGCUUUAUAAUAGGACCCAUCAAAUUACCACUUUCUGGGAUAUAUAUUUCAAUUGUCAGUGCAAUUAUUGCUGCACCUCCAAUAUUGUUAGUAUCUUAUAUGUUCAGAAGAUCCAAACCUCGUUCAAGAAAUGAGAAGAAAACUUUUACAAAUACUAAAGACAAUCCUGAAAUGACACUAAAAUCAGAACAGGAAGACAUUAACGCAGAUGCUACAGACGAUACAGAAUUUUCACUUCCGUUUUGGUGUAGAUAUGCUGCAUGGGGAAUAAUUACAUUAGCCGUCUUUAUAUCAGGAUUUUUUCUAAUUCUGUAUAGCAUGGAAUGGGGAAAGACAAAGUCAGAGGAAUGGCUGCUAUGUUUCUUUAUGUCAUUCAUCGAAUCAAUACUCUUAGUUGAUCCCCUUAAGAUUAUAUUGAUGUCAGUCAUAUUCUCUUGGAUUGUAAAGAGUUAUAAGGAGAAAACUGUGAAAUACGACCAAGAGAAGCUUCUUCUAGAGACCAAAAGACGUGCAGCAAGUCCAUUGUCAUAUCUUUUAGAUGUGUUUAAAGCCGAGCAAGCUCCAUUGAAAUCCGUAACAGUUGCUAGAUUAAAAGAAAAAAGACAGCAGCGCCUUAAAAUGCAAGAGAUAUUCAUAGAGCUAGUCUUAUAUAUGAUUUUCCUUGCUGUUUUGUAUUGUGUCAGUUUUAGUAACCGGGAUUCGAGAUGGUACAACGUCAAAAAUCAUCUAGAACAGCAGCUUGUUACAUCGAAUAGCAUCUCAGUUGGAGGUUCAACGUUGAAAUAUGAUCAGGUUACAAGUUCAGCUAGCUUAUAUACAUGGAUCGACGAGACUCUUAUUCCUUUUCUAUUUCCACGGUACCAUUCCAAUGGAGAUCAACUGAAAGUCAAUAGAAGAUUAUAUAUACAAGAUCAAGUCAACUUUCGUGUUGGUCCAAUGAGACUAAGACAACUAAGAGCAGUUCAAGAGCCAUGUAGGACACAGUUAUGGGAUAACUUUACCUGUUAUGAUGAGUAUUCUAUUUCCGGAGAGGAGAAUGGGAACUAUUGUGUAGCCUGGGAGUCUCAACCCUGCGUCAGAGGUCAAGCUGUUUAUAAUAUGACAUAUGCUGCCUGGAAUUUUGUGUCGUCUGCUGAUAUUUGGGGACUUCCGGUCACAGGAUUAUAUUCUACCUAUGGCGGGGGUGGAUACAUAGCAGAAUUCAUUGUCAACUACAACAUAUCACGUCUAGUUCUCAAUGAUUUGUAUAAAUACACAUGGAUAGAUCGUGAAACGAGAGCCAUAUUUACAGAAUUCACCUUGUACAACGUAGAUGAUAAUGUUUUUGUUUUCAUUUCGUUUUUGACAGAAUUUCCGGAAACAGGUGGGGUCAUUGCAAGCACAUUAAUCAAACCGUUUCGACCAUACCAACAUGUCGGAAGUCUUGGAUUGUUUAUCUUUAUUUGUGAAAUUAUUGUACUGAUUGGAAUAAUUGUAUUUUCUGUUCAUAAAUUUAUUUGGUUUCGGAGAUACGGUAAGAAGAUGUGGAAAGAAUUAUGGCAUGUUCUUGACAUAUUAAUCAUAAUGUUAUUCUUUGUUGCUACCAUAAUGUAUAUUGGAAGAUGGAUAAUGAUUAAUAAGGCAAUGAAAGAAUGGGAAAAUCAUAAGAAUAAAUUCGUCAACUUUAGUCAUAUUGCGUCAUGGGACGAACUGUUUAACAUUUUCUUGGCAUUUAUUAUAUUUCUAACAACAUUUCGAAUCAUGCGAGUUCUCAGCUACAAUGAAAGAAUAAAUCAAUUUGGACAGGUUCUUGCUCAUGUGAGCCGUGAUCUUUGUGGAUGUUUUGUAAUGUUUGUUAUGGUGUACGUAGCCUUUGUAACUUUUGGACAUUUAAUUUUUGGCAGGCAUCUAGAAACAUACAAAAACUUAUUUGUGUCAUCAACGACAUUGGUUAACGCUAUAAUCGGUAAAAACAGCAUCAAAGAUCUGUUUUCUGUGGAGCCGGUUCUGGGAAGAGCCUAUUACUUCUUCUUUGUUUUGUUUUUGUUGUGGAUUUUAAUGACGAUGAUGAAUGCAACAUUAAACGUAGGUAUUACAAUAGUUAGGAAAAAGCCGGUGCGGUCCACAUACGGCAUCAUUAACAUUGUAGCAAGCUUCUGGAGAGAGGCUGUUGGUCAUUUUAUUGCAUCAAAUAAUACCACAACAAAAGACAGGCUGAAGUUAUCACGUAAUUAUAAAUCAAAAAAGAAAUUUACAAAGACAAUAGUAGUAACACGUCAGGAUGAGACACAACAGGUCGAUAUGGUAAAACCUACAGAAAACCUACCGAAAAAGAAAAAACGAGCAAGACGUAUUUAUCAGUAAGAUGAACCAUGCUUUGUUUGAGAAAUGUUUCAUAAUUAUUAAGUGUGUCAUUGUUC